GCAAUUGAAGCGCGCAUAUUUUUGUUAUUAUUUGAAUUGUGUCGUAUCAAAUAAAUACUGUUUGGAAUAUUUAUUGUUGAUAAAGACCAACAAAUGAUUUCUUUGUGAGCUCGAAGCACGCAUAGGAAUAGAAUUCAUUCUAUCUCUCUUUGGGAAAGCUUUUUCAUUAGUCUCUUUUCCCCUUCCUACAUAAACUUUUCUUCUGAUGCCACAUUGUUGUUUCUCAGUAUUGUGUCUAGGUUGUGGUAGUAAUAUAAACAACAAGCAUUUUUACCGAAAAUAUAUCUUAUUAGAAAGAACUCGUUCUAGCAGGUUUGGUGGUGUUAGACUUUGCCGUCUUGAAAGAGGUAUCGGCCACGUAGCGCAGUCUUCGUUCCCGUCUUCGAGUCAACGCUUUGCUUUGGUUGCCUCCAGUGUUCAGGAUUCUGCAAAAUCUGGGAAGGAACAGAGUGUGGUAGAGGAAAAUAGAGCAAGGUUUAGAUUGAGUUUCGGGGAACAAGCGAGAACCGUUGUUCAAGUUUGUAAAACGGGUACGCUUUGCACAAGUUCCGUUGAACACGACGACACUCCUUUUGGAUCCCACGUCGAUUAUAUACUAGAUGACUUUGGUCGGCCCAUUGUUCUUCUAGCACAAAACGCUGCUCAUAUGCGUAACUUGAGAAAGUCCCAAAAGUGUUCCCUCUUUUGUCAACCUGUAGCUUCAAGUGGACAAAGUGGUUGUCGUGCCACUUUGGUUGGCUUUAUGGUAAAGCUUCCUUUGGAACAGGUUUCAGAAGUGAUGGAAGCUUAUAUUGAUACUCAUCCUCACGCAGCUAUAGCUUUGAAAUAUCCCGAAUUUUCGUUUUAUCGUAUGGAAGUUUGUGACGUUUAUUUUGUUGGUGGUUAUGGUGUAGCAGCAACUUGGGUAGAUCCUAAAGAAUAUAUUUCUUCUGAACCCGAUCCACUUGCUUUUCAGUCUCAGGAUUUAUUGAAAUUAAUGAAUAGCGAUCAUAUGGAAGACUUGCUUCGUUUUUGUAAUGUUUUCCUUCAUUUGAAAAACAUAGAGCAAUGUGAAAUUGUUAUGGUUGAUCGUUUAGGCUUCGAUAUGCGAGUUCAACUAUCAGAGACAGACAUCAGAGAAUACAGAAUUGGGUUUCGUGAACACGUUGUGACUAGUUUAGAUGCUCAAAGUGCUCUUGUUCAAGCCAUGCAAGAAGCUUGGGAACUCGAAAACGGUUAUGAGAAACUUUGGUCGGAAGAAACUCCAAGACCAGCCGUCUUGUAUUAUUCAUUAAGUAAUUAAAGCAAAACUAAAAAGGUGCAUAUA